AUGGAUACCUUAAAAUCCAAUAAAUCCUCUUUCUCUAUAGAAAAUAUUUUAGAACAAAAAACAUCUAAAGAUACUAACUUGAAUCCGGCUACACAUAUACAAAUACCCUCACCCAGUUUAACAACAACAUCUUUACCUUCACCCAAUUUGGAUAAUACAGUUACAUCUACCAGUCUAACACGUACCCCGGAUUUUGAACAAUAUACCGCUUUUAAAAAUCUCACUUUAAAAACAGCCAACCACAACAAUAACUCGCCCUCCUCAUUAACUUUAGCUAGUACUUUACCACAACAUGCAACAGCCGCCGCUGCUCCUGCUCUACAUUAUGAUCAUGUUUAUGAUCCUACGGCCUCCUUAUUUUAUCAACAAGUCUUAAAUUUACAGAAAAAUUCAGCAUUUUUAAUGCCUCAUUUUCAGGCUGCAGCAGCUGCCGCCGCAAUGGCUAAUGUUUCAACGGCGGUGGCGGCUCGUGGAACUCCGUCGGUUUAUUGUGAACCUCCUUAUAAUCAAUUUAUGGAUUGUGAAG